AUGAUCACGAACAAUUUGACUCCAACUCAACGACCGUCAUUCCCGCCACCACCAAAACCACAAAGAACCUAUGCGGAGACGAGUUGCAGUGGACGGAGUCAGGCGAGCACAAGCUCAACCCAACUAAUUCCUCGAUGGAAUGCCGUGUGGACAGUGAAUGAAGAAACAGCAUCGACUGAAGAACAAUUACUCGAUUUCCUCCAUAAUGCUUUCAGUGAAAGUGCUUGCUGGUUCGAAGCUCGUUCAUUGCUUCUCUUCGUGAAUCCCAACAAUAACAUUGGUGUGGGAAGAGCAUUUCGCUAUUCAGCCAUUUCCCGACUUGCUACUUAUGCUUUAAGACAAGCUGAGAUGAUGAUUCUUUUCACUGGAGAAAGCGGUUCUGGGAAAUCUUUCCUCGCCGAACAAGCCAUUGUGGCCAUUGUGGAAAGAACGGCGAAAGCGGACAGUGUGAUUGUGAACGCGAUUCGCUCCUCAACCCUUCUCCUUCAAGCACUCACCUCUGUCACCACACUCAACAAUCCGAGAUCGAGUAGAAUGGUACACUGGUGGGAAGUCGGAAUUAAAGAUGGUCGUUUACAACGAGUCAUUCUAAGACAUUUUAUCUCAGAGGCCUCCUCUAGACGAUGUUCGGCUUUGCUUUUCGCUACGAUUGCUUCUCAAAUGGGUCCAACUGAAAAAGAAAAGUUCCGUAUUGCUGGCUUCCGUUUGAACAAUGGAUCCGCGAGCAGCAUUCGACUGUCAGAAAUUCGAAACGCUUUAAGCACGCUUUGUCUUCCUUUUGAUGACGUUUUGAGAAUUUUGGCCGCAUGUGCUCUCUUGAACAAUCUGAUGUUCUACGAGACUGAGGAUGGGGUUGAUAUUGAGAAUCUCAAUGACAUGGAAGACGCGGCUUUCCUCCUUGGUCUUUCCGCUCUUUCACUCUUCAAAAAACUCAUCGCUCGUUCGGUGAUUGUACAUAAAGAAGAGGCGACUGGGAUGAAAACACUGUCCAUUGUGAAU